AUGAGUGUUCAGCGCAAUACCAAGGACUCGAUGAAGUCCACCUGGCGGCAUCAGGCCCGCUCGGAGUGGACUCUCUUCCACUGGUUCUACGAAUUGCUCGGCAUUCACCCAGAGCACCUCGAUUCAGACGUCCCUGUCCAUCUGAAAGAGGAUGCCGUCCCGUACGUCCCAGAUUGGUCUAUGCACCGCUGGGUUCUCACGCACGCUGCUAUUCCGCUCCUCAUUCACCACGCCUACGUCCAGUGCACCGGUCAAAAUCUCGGCAUGCUAGGCGCUUUCAUUCUUUAUAGUUUCGCGUUCAAGGGUAUCGCCAUCCACGAACUCCACGUCCUCCGACGACUGGGCCAUAUUCACGGUUUCCUCGAUGGCGACAAGCACGCCCGUGACGGCGUCCCCGAUAUUGGCGUUGCCAAGGUCGUCCGCUCAUUGAUAUCCACCUCGACUUUCCGGCCUAUGUUCACCGUCAUGCUUGCCUACAGCAUCGCUCUGCCCCCAUCAACGAUGAAUUUCUUCUGGUUGCCCAUUGAGGCCGGUCUCUACGGCAUCAUCCUCGAUUUCUGGUUCUAUUGGUACCACCGCCUGAUGCACGACGUCGGCAGCCUCUGGCAGUACCACCGCACCCACCACCUGACCAAACACCCGAACCCACUUCUGACCCUGUAUGCCGAUCUGGAGCAGGAGUUCUUUGAUAUCGCCGGUAUCCCGCUGAUGACCUUCUUCACUAUGCGAUUCAUGGGGAUGCCGAUGGGUUUCUACGAGUGGUGGAUCUGCCACCAGUACGUCGUAUUCGCCGAACUCGCUGGCCACAGUGGUCUACGUGUCCACGCUACUCCCCCUUCGACCUUCAGUUUCGUACUUCGGUGGUUUGAUGCUGAGCUCGUUAUCGAGGACCACGAUUUGCACCACCGCAAGGGCUGGAAGCAGAGCUACAACUACGGCAAGCAAACUCGUCUCUGGGACCGUAUUUUUGGUACCUGCUGUGAUCGGAUUGAGUCCGUGCCGAAUAAUGUUGACUACGUCAACCAAUCACCGAUGCCGCUAUAUUAG